GUUCUAGGCUUCCUGCUGGGGUGGCACAGACAAAAGGCUGCUGAGGGAGGCAUUUGGAUAAAGGAUCCCUGCUUCUUUCCAGCCUCUGUAACUCCAGAUGAUGUUUCCAGCCAUUGUUGCUGGGAGUGUAUUUUUCUGUGGUUUUUUAAAAUGCUCACAAAUGAAGAGGCUCAUGAGUGUUCUCAGCAUUGUGUGAGGAAGGAAAGCUGGGAGCAGAGCAUUUCCGUGGGAUGGGGUGAAUGUGAAGAGCUUGAGGAGCAGAAAAGGCUGUGUGAUGGCAGACUUGGUCUGCUCCUCUCUGUUCAGGGAGGUUAAUUAUCACCCAGAGCUGUGGCCAGAGGGAACAACUCAAAGCCAAGUCCUCACUAUGCUUACAGGAGGAACUAAACCAGGUUCCAGCAUCCGGAGCCUGUAACAGGGCCAAAUUCAGAGCACUUUGCCCUCACCUCCCAGUGAUUGCUCCAGUCAAGGACAUUCUGUGGGGUGUGGGCACUGCUGGAGGAACCUGCCCUGGUCCCAUUACCAAGUGGGAGAGGAGGAAAUAAUCUGGUUUGGACCCAUGUCAUCUACUGGCCCUGCACAGAUCCAAGGCAGUUUCUUUAUAGGGGCCUGAGCUGGCUGGGCUGGGCACCAAGCACACAAAUCAGCACUAAUGAAAAGCUGACAGGGUUUGCAAUCUCUGUGGGCACUGAGCAGCCACUUGCUCAUUCCACCAUCAAAACCACGGUGUCUUUCCCUCCUGGAGCAUUUCACCCCAUGGAGAGAACAGGCUCACAAAGCUGCUCCCUCACUCCUGGCACACUUCACUGGGGCUUUGCUCUGGGAAUGUCCAAGAACUCUGGGCAUUCUUGAAAGUGCCACUGUAUCAGAUGUGGGGGCUUUGCUUCAACAAACGCUGUUGUCUCUGGCUGCUUGUUUAGUUUUUGAGAGAAGGUUUGGUGCAGAAGGGAAGGAACUGGCUGGAAAAUGGCCAGUGAGUGUGGAAUUAUGGCAAGCUUGGGAGUUUCUGAGCUAUUAGUUUCAUUUGGUAAAAACAAGACAAACAGCUGUUCAAAGUUUUCUCUUGUAAUUUCUUCCCCUCCAGAUUCCCAGCCUGAAAGCAUUUGUUUCUGAAGAUGACUGCUGAACAGGGAGGGAAAAAACAAGAACCUAAGGUUGCCAAGCCUUUGCUAGCCCCAAGGCAUGACCACUGAGCAGCUGCAUGCUGCAGACAAUGUCAUUCUUUUUCUCCCCCACUUAUAACUCAGUUCUUACAUCAUCAAAUAAUACUGUGAACAUAUCCAAACACCCCCAGCUUCUUUAGCAGCUUUAUUCCAUUUAUUUCCAGUCAAACAUUGGUUUUGGUAGGUUGUAGGCAUCACUGAAAGACAAGUUUAUCCUGCAGCUAAGAUUCAUUGAUCUGUAGAACAGUUCUGUUCCUGAGCACAUCUCGUGAUGUUCUGUUCUGUGGAGCAGAGACAUGGGAGAGUAGAAAGCACACAAGGCACAGGCAAGCAAACAAGAUUUGGUGCACAGCCCGGUGAAGAACGUGCACACAGAAAAGUUUAUGGCACAGUUCAAAUGCCAGCUUGCCAGCUGACACCCUCAACACACACAGUAUAGGAUUUAAUGACAAUCAAGUUUGUUUAUGAAUUAAAAAAAAAAAAAACAGCAAAAAACUCCAAACACCACUCUAGACAAAUCUGCCUUUUAUAUGUCCAGGAUGUAAUUAAGGAUGAGUGAAGUGCCUUUUAUAUGUCCAGGAUGUAAUUAAGGAUGAGUGAAGUGCACGUGGAAUUAAAUGGAUGUUGGAGAUUAAAAGGGCUGACAGAAAACCAUCUUCACUCAAUGAUCCCAGGUGGAGUUUGUUUAAAUAAAAAAGUCAUCUUGUUUUUACAGUACUGAAGGAUGGAAGAACUUCUGCCGUGGGCAUUGAUGCUGAGACUGGACACACCAGCAGUGCUGGGCUUGGAGUCUCCACACCAAAAAUGAAGCAGCAUCUCCUGAGAUUGCAGGGGGGACUGCAGAGAAACAUGCAUUUGGAAAAGGAUGCUGUGGCCCUUGAGAGGCCAGGCCCUGUGCAUUUGCACUCUUUGCUUGGCACCUUCCUGUGUAUCCCAAGAAUCUCAUUUCUUACAGAGCUGUUUAAGAGACCAGCUCUGCUCUUGACCUCAGUUUUCACCAGGUCAUCCCUGGAGAGUUCCAAUACAUCCCCAUUUCCCACUCUGACCUCAUGUUUGAGCAAACCAGCCUGGUGCCUCAGUUCUGACACUGAUGUCAGCAGUGGGGUGAGGAAAUGAUGCUCCAAGGAAGUGAAAGUCUGUACUCUGACAAGGGGGGGUUAGGUUUUCUUUUCUUACACCAAGAAGGUGAAAAGCCCUGUUUUGCAAAUAGCAAGGCUGCUUUUGGCUAAUGUGCUUGUCAGAGAUUUGGAUAUUCCCCCAAGUAUAAUCACAGUCCCUCCUGAACAGACAGUGCUACAGACAAAUUCUCCACAAUCACCAGUGCAGAUCCUUAAAAGCAAAGAAAUCUGUAUUUUUCUGCUUGUAGGAAUUUUUCUACCCCUUGUGGCUCUUGCUUUUGCAGUAAUGUUACAUGGAGGAGAUUGAAGGAAAAUGAUUCCUGCCUCCAGAAUUUCCCUUUGGGACCCCUGUUAACAAAAAAAGUCUUGUAGUUGUGAAACCUGUUGACUGGCUUUGCUGUGGUAUAAAACAGGCACCUUCAGUUCUCUGGGUAUUCAGUAACACUGUGAGUGCUUCUGAGAUUUGAGAUACUGUCAGCAAAAGCUUUUUUUAUAUCUGAGUUUCAUUUUUUAUAAGAGCUUGAAAAAGAAGUCUAUGCAUAACAAGCAAUAUGGCUAUCGCCCCUUGAAAUUUCAGGGUUAAUGUUUAACAGCUUAAAAAGUUAAAAUAGUUGUAAACCUACAUCCCUGGUAGAAGUAAACAUUUAUCUGGGUGUGGUGUUCAUCUUUGCAAAUCUUUCCCUCUGCUGGUGGGGUGAUGUACCCUGGAAUGCCUAAGAUUGAUUUCACACUGACUGGAGAUUUUCAUAACAUAAACUCCUCUUUUCUGUGGUGGAUUUGCACCAAGUCUUACUUGGAUUUCUUGGGUUGUCUCCCUACCACAAGGUAAAAUGGAUGUGUAUCUAGCCAUCAGCAUCUGUGGGGCAAGGAUUGCUCCUGGAUUGGGGCUGCAAGCAAUUACUGCAUGAAGAAUAUUUGUUUGUGGCCACGUGUAAAACCUUGGGCAGGUGGUGCUCUGAAAGCUUCAUGGAUUGUAACUAUGGUCACUUCCACACUUUGCAUGCAUUCCCAGUGAUGCCUUUUGCAGGUUAGGGAUAAAAGGUUUCUAUUUUAGGGCAGAACAAUGUCAUUAAGAAAAACACAAUAAACUUCCACUGUUUGCAGUAAAAGGCUUUACUUUUCCCGCUCUUUAUAAAUAAGCUUCUGGUGAUAAAUAGGAACAGCACAAAACUGAUGCCUGCCUGAGAAACUGGAUCUGUGUGCAGUGACUGGGAAUGCUGGGAGACAGGGUGUGCACUUUAUUGUGGGAAAUCCAGAUGGAAAACCAGCCCAGUCCUUCCACACCCCUUGGUGAGGCAGUGCCUGGCGAGCCCUCUGCCACUCACGGGUUCCUCACCAUGCGCUGCUCCAGGCUAAGGCUCCCAAAAAUUGCCAAAGCCCUGAUUUGCCUCGUUGUUGUAUUACAGUUCUGCCUCUUCCUUGGCAAUUCCAGCUCCUUGUUUGACUUGGCAAAGAUUUUCAGGAAAUUGAACAUUUUCCAGCAUGCCCCAGAGACACAACAAGUGGACCCCCAAGAGCAACAGGGUUUGAACUCUUCUGAUAAUGGGAACUCCAGGAGCAUUUUAAAGGUGACUUUGGGAGGACACAUCACAAGACUCAAUGAUGUGGUGGAGAGCACACCAAGAAAAGGAAAGGAGGAGCAGAAGGAAACAAUAAAACCAGUUAUGAGUGUUAAGGAAGAAAAGGGUAACAUGGCUGUGAAACCACCACCCCAGUCGGAGGGAAUCAAGGAGACAACAGUGAAAACAACCCCUGUGGUGCAGGAAAACGAGGGGAAAACAACAGUGAGGCCAGCUCCAUGGGUGGAAAAAGCCAAGGAAAAGACAACAGUGGAACCACUUCCCUUGGAGAAGGGUGGCAAGGAGAAAGCAACAGUGAAACCCUCCUCUGGGGUGAAGGGAGCACAUGAGAACAACACAUCCCCAGACCAAGCAAAACCCAAAGCUCCUCCUGCAUCAAUGAAAACUGUACCGCCUACUCCUCAGGCUGCUGCUGUGACACAGAAGAGGAAACUGAGCUCUGUUAACUUCACAUCUGAGCCACAGUGGGAUUUUGAGGACGAGUACCUGCUGGAUAGCUCAUCCCCAGCCUCGACCUGCUCUGAAUCAGUGAGGGCCAGGGCUGCCAAGUCUGCCUGGCUGAGGGAUCUUUUCCUGCCCAACAUCACACUCUUCAUGGACAGGAGACACUUCAGUGACAGUGAAUGGAACCGCCUGGAGCAUUUUAUACCCCCCUAUGGCUUCAUGGACCUCAAUUAUUCACUGGUGAAGGAGGUCAUAUCCCUGCUGCCCCCAAAGCCCCACCAGCAGCUGCUCCUGGCCAACCAUGACAGCAGCAUGCCCACGUGCAUCAGCUGUGCUGUUGUGGGGAAUGGAGGAAUUCUGAAUAACUCUGGGAUGGGCCAGGAGAUUGACUCCCAUGACUAUGUCUUCAGGCUGAGCGGGGCUCUAAUCAAGGGUUAUGAAAAAGAUGUGGGAACAAAAACUUCCUUUUAUGGAUUCACAGCCUACUCCCUGGUUUCCUCUCUUCAGAUCUUGGGACACAGAGGGUUCAGGAACAUCCCACGGGACAAACAUGUCAGAUACAUUCACUUCCUGGAGGGAGCAAGAGACUAUGAGUGGCUGGAGGCUCUGCUGUUCAACAAGGACAUCAGGAAAGGAUUCCUGAACCUCAGCGGGCAGAAGCCCCGGCAGAAAUUCGAUGACGAUUUCACAAUGGACAAAUACCUGGUGACUCACCCUGAUUUCCUCAGAUACAUGAAAAACAGGUUUUUAAAGUCUAAAAAUUUGCAAAAGCACUACUGGAGGCUGUACAGACCCACAACAGGGGCCUUCCUGCUGCUGACUGCCCUCCACCUCUGUGACCAGGUCAGUGCCUAUGGCUACAUCACAGAGGGGUAUGAGAAGUACUCAGACCACUACUAUGACAAGGAGUGGAAAAAGCUGAUUUUCUACAUUAACCAUGACUUCAACCUGGAGAAGCAGCUAUGGAAAAGGCUUCAUGAUGAGAAUAUAAUGAAACUUUACCUGAGAACCUGACUGCAGCGAAGGCCAUUGCCUAGGAAAUCUCAACAACACCUCACAGAGAACAGAAGAGGAUCCCCAGAGCCAAGGUCAGCUCUGCACUGCCAGGCACAUUUCAUCCCCACAAAGACAUUUCCCUCCUUCAGCAGCUCUGUAAUUUCACAACACUUCAACAAAUGUGUGAAUGCUGCAGACCCAAAGACCAACAGGAAAUGCAGCCUGCAAAUAAAUCCCACCUGGCUGUGCUGCAGGGCUCUUGCUGGUUGUUGUAGGCAUGGGCAUUAUGAGAACAGAAUCCAGGAUGGAUAUGGUCCUGUGUGUAAUUUCUCUCUCUGCAAGGAGAUGCUCCUCAGGCUGGGGCCACUUCUCUUCUGUGUGGAUCCUCUCCUUUAGCAAUGCCCAUUUUGGAGCUGGGUGUUGUCUAAACAAACUCCCUGAGGAGCUGGAAUGGAUGGAGGUGGAAAUACAGAUUCUGUUUCAGGUUGACUUUAUUUCUUGGGAGGAGGGGGCUGCACUCACUCUGCUCCCUGGAGAUAAAAAGGAUGGAGUGGACACUUCCAGGUGACCAAUUUGGAAGAGAAUGAGUUUCACUUCUGCUACCUAGAAUGGCCUUGCUCUGACACUUCCAGAGCAGCACUGCCAUCAACUUCAGGGCAGGCAGCUGCUCUCCAUGGUGCAGCACACCUCCUGUACCUGCUGCCUCUUGCCCCAGGGCUCCCCUGGCUGCACAAAAUGUGAAUUUUGUGGCAUGGACCUGAUGUGCCAAGUCCUUGCACAGCUGGACUCGGUCAUGCUUGGCUCCCAGCUGUGUUUGUCCUGUUGGAGGUGGAAGCUCUCCAAGCCCAGGGAUGGAUGCCAUGUGUCAUUGCUGCUGGCUGAAGGGCCUGUCUCCCACGGUGCUGAGAGGGGCCCAGCUGCAGCCAGCACACCUGGGGUGUGUUGGCCUCCUGGAAGGGGUUUUGUAAGCAAAAUAAAUGGCACUGCUUUGGCCAAGCUGAUCUUUCA